ACGCUCAGCACGUAACAACGUUUAUGCCGGGUAUCAUACACAAUGGGCAGUUCUCGUUCCCGAUCUGUUGACAUGUCGGGUGAUGCCGCUAAGUUUGUUCAGGAGAAGAUCUCCGCCAAUCCUUUAGUGGUCUUCUCGAAGACAAGAUGCCCUUACUGCACUUUAGCGAAGCAGAUUCUCGAGAAAUACAAGGCGAAAUUCGAAGUUAUUGAACUCGAUGACCGCUCUGACGGAGAUGAAAUCCAGUCAGUUCUGGGCGAGUUGACGGGCGCGCGAACCGUACCGCGCGUUUUCAUCGGAGGCAAAUGCAUCGGUGGCGGAUCGGACACGCAGGCCUUAGACAAGGAUGGCUCGCUCGAAGGAAUGCUCAAAUCGGCAGGAGUCCAAUUGGGUUAAUAGCAGUGCACGGUCAAUGCCGCUUCACAAAGGCUGUUAAAUCCUGACAGACUCAAAUGAACUUAUGAUAAAGUCAGCAGUCGAUUGAGCUUAUAUAUGCAACGAAGAUAAAUCUACGCGAGCUGCGAUUGGUUACUAUUGAUAUUAGUUGCUAUCAGGUACUAAAAGUGGGAGUAAAAUAAUUCUUUGUGAGUAUUUUUGUAGAAUGCGUUUUUGUUUUUGAAAAAGCGGCCAUAGCACGCCAAGUGAAAUAAGUGAAUGUUACUGUUUGGACUGAUGCGGCCUGAAUUGCACUUUAUAUAUGGUUAAAAUGUAUUCUGAGAAAGUAUUGGUAAAUGAAGAUUCUUGGUUUAUUAAAGCAAUAUAAAACUAUACAGCUAUAUUUGAUAAAAAUGAUUAAAUUAUAAGUAAUAAAAUAUUAUUGGGAAAAUAGGAAAUAUUUGGCACACUGGCUCGCCUUCACUAGAAAUUAGCACGUGAGUGUAUUGAACCCAAAAAGCAUAAGAUAUUGUUGGCAUUAUGAACACGACUGCCAUGUAAACUCAAUUACUCCAGGAUCAACGUAUAUUCGAAUAUAAAGUAAUUAAUAUUGGACGCUUUCAAUUAAGAGUGAGAUCACAUAGACGAUAUAUACGUGAAAGAGACUAAUAUUUAAAACUAUCUGAAAUUACUGAACUUAGCACUCAGUUUUAUGUUUUAAGCAAUGUUACUGUCAUUUGUCUAAUGGAAGCUUCAAGAAAGUAUUCUAAUUUAGGCUUAUUUGAAAAGACCAUUUCACCUCAUGUUUCUUACACAUGUCACCCAGCACUGUUUUUCCCAACAUAGUCACCCAUAUAAUUCUCCAAUCUCAUAAGCAUUUUCUUUACAAACUACAGGUUGUUAAGUAUUUCUUUCUUCGUUUUCAAAGACCACUACGUGAGUGUUUAUCGUGAGCGGCCAUCUACAAAGACAAACGUAACUUCGCAAAAAAAUCGUAUUAACCUUAUUCAAGCGAGCAAUAUCAAGAUGGAGCACAGGUUCAGCCUUACUAGGAACAGCCGGAAUGUACUGCACAAAUUCUUACCUGCACUAUUUUUAAUUUAAAAUCCGUAUCCGGUAAUGGCAAUUAGAAAGAAACGCAACUACAGGGAUAAAAAUGGUGACCUAAACAAGAUGUCAUGACCUUCUUCUGUUCCCCAGCAAAGCAACUU